AUGGAACAAAUUAUUUUUUCUAUGUGCCUUUUGGGAUUGGCCUCUUGCGGCGUUUUGAACAGCCAAUAUCUUCCUCCAAAUAAUAAAGGUAGAGGUGACUUCAAUUUUGGAUUGGCUUCACCAGUUAACAAUUACAAUAAUUUUAACCAUGGUUCUUCUGGAGGACCCUAUUCCUCUGGGCCCAAAAUAGCCAUUUUAAAGUCUGAAAAUAUCAAUAAUGGAGAUGGAACCUACAGGUAUUCUUAUCAAACUUCUAAUGGUAUCUCUGCUCAAGAACAAGGUACUGGUGGAAUUCAAGCCAAUGGAGGCUUUUCGUAUACUUCCCCAGAAGGUCAAAGUUUUGAAGUGACCUACACGGCUGACGAAAACGGUUUUCAUCCUCGAGGAGCUCAUCUUCCAACUCCUCCACCAAUCCCUGAAGCCAUCUUGAAGUCCAUCGAAUACAACAAACAACAUGCUCUUAAACACCCCAACGAAGAAGGACAAUAUAAUCAUGACCAAUACCAUAAUGGUAACAGUAACAAUUAUUAUAGACCAGUUGUGCCAUCUAGGAACUAUGUGCCAUCCAGUCCAAGUAACGGAGGAUACCAAUAUAAAAAAUAUUAAUAAUUUUGUAAUAAAAUGUAUGUUUAUUAAACUG